AUGCAUUCCACCGGCCAUGCCGCCCCAAACGAUCCGGCAGAGGAGGAGGCCAGCCUGUUGGGCGAUGCCAAUCACCGCAGCCGUAACUGCAUCGUCAGCGAUGAGUCCAAAGCCGUCCCGGUUUCUUUCCUUGCCUCAUCCGCUCUGCAUAUGACCGCUGCCUCGUCCGUCUGGGCUGUCGCAUCUCUGUUCUGUGAAGACCCAGACCACUGCCGGGGCGAAGAAACGCGCCGCUAUGCGGCCUCGGUGGCAACAGCGACUGCGUUGGCCAAUGCGGCAGGACUACUCACUUUGGGGUAUAUGAAGCGAGUGGUGCAUUGGGAUGUGCGCGCUGGUCUGGUAAUUUGGUUGCUCUGCCGCGCAGUCGGCGUCUUGGGGGUUGUUGUUGGAGCCUCGGAUAAUCUGCUGCAUUUCACCUUGAACGUCAUAUAUGUCCAAGCCACCUCUCCCGAGACAAUAUCCAUGCUGAUGGGCUCCUCCCUGGCCUGCUACAUGGUUGGCAUGGCCCUCGCGCCUCUUAGCGCCGGGUGGUUGCCCUCGGUAGAGUGGACCUUCUUCGUUGCCAUCGGUCUCUUCAUGAUAGCGAUCCUCUAUGUAUUGCUGGUCGUGUCUCCAGCAUCGAGAGAGCCAGGGGACCUGUCCGCGACCGCUUCGCUGUCCUCGGAGGAAACGACAAUGCGAAAGGCCUGCACAAGACGACUAGCCGAGGUCCUGUUGCCAGCCGGCUUUUUCUACGAGUAUCCUAGCACAAUUCUAUUUGGCUUGUCCCUGUUGCUCUACAACAUGGUCCAGGGGUACAUGAUCAACUUGCUGUUUAUCUUCACCUCCCUCCAAUUCGGCUUUACUCCCACAAACAAUGGAGCCCUGCUCUCCCUCAUCGCGGUCACCGCUGCAGGGUAUCUUAUAUUCUCCUCCUUUGCUGUACCAAAAGUCCUUGCGUUGGCUGGUCGAGCCCCCGCGCGCCGAGACACACAGCCGCGACUGUUCGAUCUAGGCGCCGCAGUAUUGUCUAUACUAAGCCAGGUAGGUGCCGCAUUGCUUCUCUCCCAGGCGCAGCAGGUGUACCUGGCGGCCUCUUUGCUUGCUGUGGGUUUGUCCACCCCUUCCUUUGUGAAAAGCUUUGUGGUUGUUCAGUUUGAGGCCAAGGCGCGAGUGGUUGCGGCGCUGGCACUGAUGGAGACGGCCGGGGGACUCUUAAGCCCCGUCGUAUUGGGUCCGUGGCAGGCGAAUCAUUCUGAUGGCUCGGCAUUCUACGUGGCAGCAGUCAUCCUUGGUGUUUCUGUUUUGUGUUUGGUGGUGGGGGCUUGUGUGAGGCACUCGUAA